ACAAAAGUUAAUGUUUUUUAAUUUUAGCCCAACUGGAGAAAACCUCGUGGCAUUGACAACAGGGUCAGAAGACGGUUUAAAGGGCAGUGUUUGAUGCCAAAUAUUGGUUAUGGAAGUAAUAAGAAAACAAAGCACAUUCUUCCAAAUGGUUUUCGAAAGGUUGUUGUGAGGAAUGUGAAAGAACUUGAAAUGCUAAUGAUGAUGAAUCGCCGCUUCUGUGCUGAAAUAGGACAUGCAGUUUCUUCAAAAAAAAGGAAAACCAUUGUUGAACGAGCACAGCAACUUGCCAUUCGUGUAACAAAUGCUAAUGCUAGGUUGCGUUCUGAAGAAAAUGAAUAAAUUAAAGUUUUCAUAAUAAAAAUGUGAACUAUU